AUGCAGGCUGCUUCUACAAACAUUUGUGAAAGAAUGGGUUGCUUUCAGAAGCUCAGUGAAUUCAAGCGUGGUACCGUGAUAGUUUGCCACCUGUGCAUUAAGUCCAUCCAUGAAAUUUCCUUGCUACUAAACAUUCCACGGUCAACUGUUCAUGGUAUUAUAACAAAAUGGAAGCAGCUGGGAACAACAGCAACUCAGCCACGAAGUGGUAGACCACAUAAAAUGACAGAGUGGCGUCAGCACAUGCUGAAGUGCACAGUGUGUAGAAGUCGGCAAAUGUCUGCAGAGUCAAUAGCUAAAGACCUCCAAACUUCAUGUGGCCUUCAAAUUAGCACAACAGUGUGUAGAGAGCUUAAUGGUAUGGGCUUCCAUGGCCGAGCAGCUGCAUACAAGUCUUACAUCACCAAGUGCAAUGCAAAGCUUCGGAUGCAGUGG